AUGACGAGUCCGUUAAGGGAAGACGAGAAACACGAGCGCGCGAUUCGAGCUCUUCUUAGGCUCGAACCCAAUCGAACAUGCAUUAACUGCAACAGUUUGGGACCACAAUAUGUGUGCACAAAUUUCUGGACGUUUGUUUGCACUAAUUGUAGCGGAAUACACCGUGAACUUACACAUCGUGUGAAAUCAGUUUCAAUGGCUAACUUUACUUCGCAAGAAGUUACUGCACUUCAAGAAGGAGGGAAUCAGCGUGCAAGAAAUGUUUAUUUUAAAGAAUGGGAUGGACAACAGCAUUCUUUCCCUGACAGUGAUAAUGUUAACAGGCUCCGAGACUUUAUUAAGCAUGUUUAUGUGGAUAGGAGAUUCACCGGAGAUAGUACCUCUGACAAACGAGUGAAAAACGGUGGUGACAAAGAUGGGUCAUAUGAAAACAGGAGAGUUGAGGAGGGAGGAUCUAAAAGCCCUCCAUAUGAAGACUCACAUGAACCUUGUUAUAGUGAUAGGUCUAGUCCCGGUGGAAGAAGUCCUGGAUAUGAUCAAGAAAGUAGGCAAGUUGGUAACUAUAAGAGAAGUCCCGGUCGUCCUCCAGUUAUCAAUGAUUGGCAUCGUGAAGAACGUAGAAAAUCAGAUGGAGAUUAUAAGACGGAAAGUAAAUCCCCUGUGCAAGUCAGAAAUAUGGGCUCUUCUAGCCCACCUGUGGGCCGACCCGUUAGAGAAUUUUUGGGAGAAAAUGUAGUACCUCUUAGGAUAAGUGGACCUCCCAAACGGAACAAUGGAAAAGCUGCCAAUGCCUCAACACUGACACAGAGAACUGCAUCCUCCGGUAGCUUGGUAUCCAGUAAUGAAAGCCAAGUAAAUGUUAAGCUUGAGACUACUAAGAACCUUAUUGAUUUUGAUGCUGAUCCUAUUGCUUCCACAAUUCCUCAAGCCCAACAAACUAGCGCGCCUCAACCUGUUUUGCAGCCAGGAAAUUCCAGUGAUGACAAUUGGGCCUCUUUUGAUAUUGCUUCUGAGAAGAAAGCAAAUCAAAACACCUCAAAUUUAAAUCCACUUGAAUCCGCACUGUCCCAAUUGUCUUAUUCGGCAUCUUUAUCUUCUCAUGCUUCGGGAGUCCAAGGACCUAUUCCAGCAGGGGCUCUUAGUUUUGGCAGUUUAUCAUCUUUCCCAUCCAAUGAUGCUUCGAUGCCAUCUUCCGGACUGGAAGUUGUAUUACCUCAUAAUAAUGUAGGAAAGUGGGCUAGUUCGCAGCAUCAGCAACCGAUGUUCUCUGCUGUAAAUAGUCAGCCAUCGCAUGUACCUUCUGUACCCACAGGACAGGGAUAUCCCAACUCACCAAUGCCUCAUGCAUACCAUCGUGCUUCGAAGCCAGCCAAUGAGGCUUUUAACAGUAUUCUUUCUCAAACUUCUGCGGUAGAAGUAAAACCAAGUGGAAGAACAGAACUUUCUGAAGAUCUGUUCACUGCAAAACACUCUUCCUUCUCUGCUCCAGUUCAAGGUUGGCAGGCGGGUCUUCCCCAGGGCAGGGGCAUCUCAAUGCAAUAUAAUAAUAAUGUGGCGCCCAUACCAAGUUUUUCGGAGCCAUCAAGGUCAACAAAUCCAUUUGAUGUCGGCAGCAAACAAACCCCAGAUCAAGACCCAGGUUUUCUUUCCAUUUCAUCCUUGCAUAGUGCGAUGCCUAGUGUAUCGCCUUCACUCCCGAUGCUCCCUCCAUGCCAGAGUAAUCCAUUGCUUGCAUGGAGUCCACCCCUUCCUAAUGUAGGCACUAUGCACUCUUCAAGCCGAGGUCUUCAACCAGAUGCAUGGAAUCCACCCCUUCCUAAUGUAGGCACUAUGCACUCUUCAAGCCGAGGUCUUCAACCAGAUGCAUGGAAUCCACCCCUUCCUAAUGUAGGCACUAUGCACUCUUCAAGCCAAGGUCUUCAACCAGUUGCAUGGAAUCCACCCCUUCCUAAUGUAGGCACUAUGCACUCUUCAAGCCAAGGUCUUCAACCAGUUGCAUGGAAUCCACCCCUGCCAUCCUUUCAAGCUGCCCCGCCUAAUGUACCAUCUUCAGGCACUUUGGACCCUUCAAGCCUGGGUAAUCCAUCCCAUGCUUGGAACCCAACCCUAUCGUCACCAUAUGCGUCAUUCCUACCUCCACAAGCACCAACUCAUGCAUCAGCAUUGGGAACAGGGUCUUACAAUGGGCAGCAAAUGCCAACUAACACGAAAUUGCCAAGGCAAGAAGCUGGGAAUUUUGGAGCUGAGCGAGACAUUUUCGGCUUGUCAAAUACAGAUCAGCAGCCAACUGGUAAGCCGUCAACCACUCCCACCUCUAAACCCCUUCCCUAA